AGCUGAUGGCUGCUCGGAGUUACGUGUACCUCAGCCGCGGCAUCCGCAAACUAGUCUCUACAUAGAUAACAAAUAAUGCCUUGGCACUGAAUCAGCAUUUAAACCAUCUGUCAGACCACAGGAGGCAAUAGCACACUAAGAAGGGGGAUCCGAGUUUUUCAACAAGUGAUUAUUUGAAAAUCAUUUUUCACAUUAAAAAAUGAAGACGAAACAUUUCGUCUUCUGCCUGAGCUUAGUCGUGGUAUUUUCAUCGCUCCCCAACAGCGUUUCAGCACAAGGGCGGGGACUAGGAGAUCUUCUGAAAGGAUAUCUCGAUUCAGAUGUCGUGAAGAAUCUUCUCUCGCCGGAGUACCUGGGAAAAGUCUUGACCGAUCUGACUUCUCAGCUUCCUCAGCCAUUGCCGGCUUUCGCCCAAAACUACAAGGACGCCAUCAUCAAGGCUGUGGUUUCCCAGCUGAACAACACGGACCAAAUCACCACAGCUCUUAACAACGCCGUCCCCGAUGUCUCCAAAGUUGGAGAACAAAUCAUCCCGUUACUAGCCUCCCAGGGGACAGCGGUUGCGGAUUUAGUUCAGUCGUUGACCUCGGGCGCUGGUACCGGCGGAGGCAACCCGUUGGCGGUACUGCAGAACGUGGACUGGGACUCGCUGGUACAAGUGGCCCUGCCUAGCGCCCUGAACGCCGUCCUGCAGCCUAUAUCGGGGUACUGCGCCAUAGAUAUUAGCUACAUGUUGCAAGGACUGGUAAAGACAGAAGGUUGGGCACUGCAGAUGCUGGACGCCUUCGGGAAACCAAACACUGGUUUACUGUUUGGUGACACACAGUGGCUCGGGCAAUACGAGCAGUGUCUGAGAGUCGAGGCCAAAAUAGCAAAUUCCAAAAUCAGCAUACCAACUGGAGGUGGAAACCACUCGUUCCAUGGUGACUACUGCAAGCUGUCCAUGCCGGUACCGCCUGCUCUGUUUGCUGGUGCUAUUGAUGAUGGCCAAGAAAAGGUUGGUGACGUGGCGGACACAGUUAAGUUAGCUCUGGGGAUGUGUCUUCCCGCCUCGUGCUCGUCUCAGGAUGUCAACCAAAUUGUGAAAGUACUGAUGAACCUGACGAAUGCCCAGGAUCUAGCGGCUGGGACCACGGUGGUGUGUGACCAGGACAAGAGGCCGGACCUCAGCACGGACACCAGGGCACAAGUCUGCAUAGCUGUCCUGUCAGUGUUUGGACUGGUCAUACUGGUAGGGACAUUACUCGAGGGUCUCGGUAUCGAUAAAACAUUGACCACAGCGUACGCAAAGAAGGCAAAUGAAAGCGAGGUAAACAAGCGGCGUGAGCUCGGGGGGACCGACAACAAGGCGUUCGUCUCUGAGGAAAAUCACAUAGAAAUGACAGUGGUUGAUAACGGUGUACAGAAACACGGGGAAGCUAACGGUGAUGUUACCAAGCACAGCAUGCAGACCAAUGGCACCGCCGGAAAAACCAAAGCUGCGGAGUCUGCCCAGCAAAAGACUUCGAAGGACCCGAAAGCGCCACUGGCAAUCCGCCUCCUCACUUCUUUCUCUCUGUACUCUUCUCUCCCACGUCUCCUGGAUACGCACCAGGGGCGCGGUGCAAUCACCUGUCUAAACGGGAUACGAGUUCUAAGUAUAGGCUGGGUGGUACUGGGACACUCGUACUCGUAUAUGGUGUCCACCAUCGGCGUGUUUGCAGCAAAUCCACUUUUUGCAUGGGAUGAAUCAACGAGGUUCUCCUUCAUAGCUGUCACCAACGCCUUUUUCUCUGUGGAUUCGUUUUUCUUAUUGAGUGGUGUUCUUGUGGCUUACCUCUUUCUUAAGCAGUUAACAAAACAGCACGGUGUCCGCUGCAAAACUAUGGUACUCUAUUACAUCCACCGAUAUUUGAGACUGUCGCCCAUCUACUUCAUGUUACUGUUUAUAUACGUGACCCUGAAGGACUACAUGGGGCGUGGCCCUCUGUGGCGGGAAACGGGGUACGAUGCCGAACAGUGUCGAAACAAUUGGUGGACAAAUAUACUGUAUAUUAACAACUUUGUCUUUGCCAAGGAAGCGUGUAUGUCUUGGUGCUGGUACAUAGACAACGAUAUCCAGUUUUAUAUCGUGGCGCCACUUUUCAUGUUACCCUUAUACUGGAAACCUGUUGUCGGGCUUGUGAUACUGCUUUUGGGACUGAUUGCCAAUAUUAUAGAGAGUUACUUCACGCUGGCUGGGCUAAAAGCGCAUUCAUUCUUUCUUGGAGACGAUUUCUACUAUCACUACUACAUUAUUCCCUGGUGUCGUAUCGGACCCUACCUGAUUGGAUUGCUGGUGGGAUUCCUGCUUAAUAAGACUCAGUGCAAGAUAAAGAUGAAUAAGUAUUUCGUUGCUCUGGGUUGGAUAGUGUCCAUAGCCUGCUGCACGCUGCUGGUCUUCGUGAAAUACGACGACGUCAAAAAUGGUCCUUGGUCCAAAGAAGGCUCCAUCAUGUACGAAAUAAUCAGCAAACCAAUGUGGGGGUUCGCUCUCGGGUGGAUUAUCAUUGCCUGUGCCACUGGCCACGGCGUGAUGUGA